AUGCAUACCUCCACCGCACUCAUCGCAGCCCUGGCUGCCAUCUCCUUCCCUCAGGCUCAGGCGAACCCCAUUGAGGCCCGCCAGAACGUUGGCUUCACCCUUGAGCAACAGCCCUAUGGCAAGCGCCUCAAGAACGGUCCCAUCGCCCUCGGAAACCUGUACAAGAAGGUCGAUGCCGACAUGCCCAGCGAGGUCCUCGAUGCCUUCUCUGUUGCCACUCAGUCGCAGGCCCCCGACAUGCUCAACAAGAACAAGAGACAAGCAACCGCCGCCGCCGCCACCAAGCCUAAGCCAACCUCCACCAGCACUUCCAGCUCCAGCAUUCGCACCACUUCCAGCUCCAGCUCCAGCUCCAGCUCCAGCGUUCGCACCACUUCUAGCUCGACCUCCAGCUCCAGCAUCCGUACUACCACCAGCUCCUCCUCGAGCUCCAGCAUCCGCACUACGAGCUCGUCGUCCUCGACUUCCACCAAGGCAUCCAGCACCUACCAGAGUGGGUCCGCAGUUGCGACCCCUGUGAACGAGUUCGACACCGCCUACAUGAUCCCCAUCACUGUUGGCGGCACGACUGUCUACGUCGAUGUUGACACUGGCUCCUCCGACCUCUGGGUCCUGUCCAACCUGCAGCCCAGCAGCCAGACCUCGGGCCACAACAUCUAUUCGCCCUCGGCGUCGAACCUGAAGUCGGGCUACUCCUGGAACGUUACCUACCUUGACGGCAGCACCGCGAGCGGCGCCGUCUACAACGACACGGUCGGCAUGGGCGGCAUGACCUUCAAGGGACAGUCGGUCGAGGCGGCAAAGACUGCCUCGGACGCAUUCGUUGAUGCUGCUUAUGACGGCAUGCUUGGCUUGGCCUUCGACGUGCUCAACACCGUCCAGCCCGUCCAGCAGAAGACUCUUUUCAACAGCAUCAAGAGCCAGCUUCCCUCGCCCGUCUUCACCUCUCUUCUCAAGCACAACGCUCCGGGCUCCUUUGACUUCGGAUAUGUCGAUUCGAAGAAGUACACGGGCGCCAUCACUUACUCCAACGUCGACACCUCCAACGGUUGGUGGCAGUUCAACGCCAACGGCUACAGCAUUGGCUCCGGUGCCGCCGUCUCCCAGACCUUCGCUUCGGUCGUUGACACUGGCACCACCCUCAUGGUCCUGCCUUCCACCAUUGUCACUGCCUACUACGCCAAGGUCACCAACGCCUCCUACUGGAGCGACUACGGCGCGUGGGUCUACCCUUGCUCCGCCACUCUCCCCAACUUCAACCUGAUCGUCAACGGCGCUGCUCAGACCAUUCCCGGCAGCCUCAUGACCUACGGCCCCAUUGACUACAACGGCAACUGCUACGGUGGUCUCCAGCAGAACGACAACAUCGGUGUCGCCAUCCUCGGCACGAUCUUCAUCAAGUCUCAGUUCGUCGUCUACGACCAGAGCACCACCCCUCCCCGCGUCGGCUUCGCCAAGCAGGCCGGCCUCAGCUACACCUCCUAA